AUGGCCUUUACCCUCGUUACCUUCUGCUGUGCUUUCGCAGCCCUAGGCUCGUUCCUCUUUGGUUAUGACUCGGGCGUCACCUCAUCCAGCAUCAGCCAGGAUGCCCCUCUACGCUACUUCGGCUCGCCGGGCUUAUCGGACGCGGCUACUGGAGGCAUAAUCUCUUCUUAUACAGGAGGUGCUAUCGCGGGCUCGGUGCUCACGCCUUAUAUCUCGGACUUUUACGGACGCCGAAUGGUGAUCUUUGUCGGCGGGUUGCUCGGCGGUCUCGGGGCCGCGCUCCAGGGGGGUGCGGUUACUCUCGCGAUGUUAAUCGCUGGCCGAUUCACCGCUGGGUUCGCCAUUGGUCUCAUGUCUGCCACUAUUCCCGUAUAUUGUAGCGAGGUCGCGCCGCCCCGGAUUCGCGGUUUACUCGCCAGUAUGCAGCAAUGGAUGAUUGGCCUCGGUAUCAUGGUCGCACAGUGGGCCGGAUACGGAUGUUCUCUCCAUGACAGCAAUUUCUCCUGGCGCUUCCCGCUCUCUUUUCAAGUGGUGCCAGCAGUCGUUCUCACCUGCGGAGUGUGGUUCCUCCCCGAAUCACCGCGCUGGCUCAUCGAAAAGGGCAAAGACAGAGCAGGUCGCGCUGUGCUAAGCCGGCUGCUUCUCAACCGAUGGGCAAGCAAUAACGCGCUGGUCGAGCACGAACUCGCCCAGAUCCACGAGAGCCUGCUGUACGAGCAGCAAGCAGCCGUCCGGUCCUGGCGACAGCUCUUCCUUACGGCGCGCUGGCGCCGCGGGAUCCUGCUAGCGUGCGAUCUGCAAACCUUCACGCAGACCUCAGGGACGAACAUGAUUCAGAACUACGGACCUCGACUAUACAUGUCACUAGGCCUCUCCACAUCGACAUCACUAAUGAUCAUCGGGGUAUGGGGCGCAGUAGCUCAGCUCUGGAACACGAUAUUCCUGACUUUCAUCGACAGCGUCGGGCGUCGUAAGCUGCUUAUCCCGUCGCUGGCCGGCAUGGGCGCAGCCAUCUGCGUAGAAGCCACGCUGGCGCACUACGUCGACUUCAGCAGUCCAAGCGCAGACCAAGACGCCCUGCGCGCGGCGAUCGCUAUGUUUUUCGUCUUCUCGCUUUUCUACACUGCGCUCGGCAUGAUCUCCUGGAUCUACCCGUCGGAGAUCUUCCCUACUGCCAUCCGUGCCCGCGGUUCCUCCAUCGCUACCGCGACUAAUUGGUCCCUUAACCUCAUCUUCACGCAGUGCUCGCCUAUCGCGUUAACAUCCUUGGGAUCGGAGUAUUUUUACUGCUUUGUGGCCUUCAAUUGGACGGCUGCUGUGCUUGUAUGGGCUUUUUAUCCGGAGACGUCUGGCUGCUCCCUAGAAGAAGUGGAGGAAGUAUUCCGGUAA